AUCUUCUAAUUCUUAUCCCUCACACUGAAACUCACUGGUGUUAAUCCAAUUUCUCGAUUUCGCAAAAAACACCCCCAACGAUGGCCGCGGAAACGCUUUCCUACCAGAACGGCGUCGUUGCUAAUAACAGCUCAUCCUCUGCCACCGCCGGCGUGAAGAAGUCGCGGGAGAGCGACCGACGCCGUCGUCGUCGGAAGCAGAAGAAGAACAACAAAGCAUCCGAGGAGUCGGGGCCUAACGCUGCCGAAGAAAGUGACGACGCUAAGGAAAACACUGAUCCAAAGCAGAUUGUUGAACAAAUUGAAAUUGAGUAUGUGCCAGAGAAGGCAGAGCUAGAUGAAGGCAUGGAUGAAGAAUUUAGAAAAAUCUUUGAGAAAUUCAGUUUCAGUGAUGUCACUGGUUCGGAGGAUACUGAUAAGAAGGAUGAGUUGGCAGAAAAUGCAGCUAUUACUAAAAAUUCUGAUUCUGAUUCUGAUGAGGAUGAAAAUGAUAAUGAGCAAAAAGAGAAAGGUGUCUCAAACAAGAAGAAAAAGCUUCAACGGAGGAUGAAAAUUGCUGAACUGAAACAGAUUUGCUCAAGGCCUGAUGUUGUUGAGGUGUGGGAUGCUACUGCAGCAGACCCAAAGUUGCUGGUGUUCUUGAAAUCUUAUAGGAAUACCGUACCUGUACCUAGGCAUUGGUGUCAGAAGAGAAAAUUUUUGCAGGGGAAACGAGGUAUCGAGAAACAACCCUUUCAGCUUCCUGAUUUCAUUGCUGCCACUGGAAUCGAGAAAAUCAGACAGGCUUAUAUUGAGAAAGAGGACAGUAAAAAGUUGAAACAAAAACAAAGGGAGCGCAUGCAACCAAAAAUGGGAAAAAUGGAUAUAGACUAUCAGGUUCUUCAUGAUGCAUUCUUUAAAUACCAGACAAAGCCAAAACUGACAUCUCUUGGGGACCUGUAUCAUGAAGGAAAAGAAUUUGAGGUAAAGUUGAGGGAGAUGAAACCCGGAAUGUUAUCACACGAAUUGAAAGAAGCUCUUGGUAUGCCUGAGGGUGCUCCUCCUCCAUGGCUUAUUAAUAUGCAGAGAUAUGGUCCUCCACCAUCAUACCCUCACCUGAAGAUCCCCGGACUGAAUGCUCCCAUCCCCCCUGGAGCUAGCUUUGGUUAUCAUCCUGGCGGAUGGGGCAAGCCUCCUGUCGAUGAAUAUGGACGUCCACUGUAUGGAGAUGUUUUUGGUGUUCAACAACAAGAACAACCUAACUAUGAGGAAGAGCCAGUUGACAAGACCAAACACUGGGGUGAUUUGGAGGAGGAGGAGGAGGAGGAAGAAGAGGAAGAGGAGGAGGAAGAAGAAAUGGAGGAGGAGGAACUUGAAGCUGGUAUUCAGUCUGUUGAUAGUCUGUCAAGCACACCCACUGGAGGGGAGACAACACCUUCUGUUAUUGACCUUCGGAAGCCACCGAGAAAGGAGCCUGAGAGGCCUCUUUAUCAAGUACUUGAAGAGAAGGAAGAAAAAAUUGCUCCAGGAACUUUGCUUGGAACCACACAUACUUAUGUGGUUGGCACUGGCACCCAGGACAAGUCAGCUGCCAAAAGGGUUGAUUUGCUAAGCAAAGGUCAGAAGUCAGAUCAAGUGAAUGUCACUUUACUGCCGGAAGAAUUGGAAGCCAUGGAAAAUGUUUUGCCUGCGAAGUAUGAGGAAGCAAGAGAGGAAGAGAAGUUACGUAGUCAGCGUGAAGAUUUCAGUGACAUGGUUGCAGAGAACGAGAAGAAGAGGAAAAGAAAGAUGCAAGAAAAGGAGGGCAAGUCUAAGAAGAAGGACUUCAAGUUUUAGGGUGGGGCAUUUCCGUUAAUUUAGCUGGAAAAUGGGGGCGCUAGCCUUUUUUACUCGUGCAAUUCUCUGUUUCCAUGAAUAGAGAUUUUGUUGUUAGCUGCGGUUUAAUGCAUCUGUAUCGAAUGUUAGUAUUCUUAAAGUAAGCUGUCACUCUUUUGGAAACUCAAUACGAUGAAUCCUACCAAGGCUUUACAAGAGUUUGUUAAGUGUUAGUAUUCCUGACCCCGCCACGAUUCAUAUAGAUGGUUGGCAUGGAUGUUUAUUUUUUUGUUG